GUACUUUUUGGGUCACUACUAAUAAAUAUCGGACGGGCGUUGCAGUAACUUGCCAGUCAUCACAUUUUCCUAUACCACUUCAGCAUCGAUUUAACAUCAAAGCGAGAUCAGCUCAAAAUAACUUUGCGAAUUUUGUGGAUGAAUCUUUAGCAUCUCCGUUUGAUAUAUUUACGACCCCUCAUUCGACAUUCCUCCUCUGCGCCCACUGACCAUCUCAGCAGCUAUCAACUGGUAUUAACAGUAUCACGCAGAAUCUGUUACUUGAACUCUACAGCUGUUGCCAUUUUGUACUCCAUCAAUUCCCCAAAUGUCCAUCCUCUCAAAUCGUCGUUCCCUUUCCUUCCCGUUUCUCUUCUGCCUUUUUAUCGUCCGAACAUACUGUCAGUCUUGUCAGGACCUUAAUCAAACUGGCUCAAACUGCGUUUGUUUACCUGGUUUCACCAAUUCACCAGAAUGCAAUACCCUAGCCUGUGGAAAUCCUUUUGUUGAUGCCUCAAAGCGGCCUGCUUUGAUCCCGAGCUCGGCGGGAAGCGGCGGCAGCAAGGGAUGUGGCAAUCAAUGUACUACGGGCUUUACUGGAACGUCCUGCAAUAUAUGCACGAGCUCGGACGCAUGUCAGGCUGGAAUCUCCUCUUUGUCUUCCGGAUCUCAAAAGGCCUCCCCUUUGACCUCAGCCACGCAGGAUAUGAUUUGUAGUAACGAACCGUCUGCAUUUGGAGUCAACUUUGGUCAAUGCGAUAUUGAGAACCCAACUCUCAACUCACUGUUCCCUGGAAAGAUAUGGGCUACUGCACAGCGGAAUCCAGAUCCCUCAGCUGCGCCUUUACCCACGUCUCUGUUGUCUGCUCUUACGCCGAACUCACUUAUAGCCCAGCUUUGGUAUGCUCCCAACACGUCAACUAUUGCUGUGGAACAAUUCUUUUGCAUUGCUACAAAUUGUACACAGGAGAUCAAGCAGGAGGUGGACAUUAAUGCCUGUCCUGCAAUGAAAUGUCGUUGUAUACCUGGAACUGCGAUGUGUGGAGGUGGCCCGCUCGACAUUACCCACACAAUCAACGACCUCACCGGCGAAUUGACUUUGGAAUGUCCUAUUUCCAAUACGAGCUCUUCAUGUAGUCUGAAGACUGAAACGAUCAAAGCUCUUCUCGGUCCUAAUGGCUUUACUCUUACUAAUUGUCAUUUUGGGGAGUGUAUCCAACAAAGCGUAGUCGAUAUGAAGCGGAAGUUACUUUAUCACCUGGAGGACAAUUCGCUCUCAACUGGCCUGAUCGUAGGCAUUGUCAUCAUCCUCGCAGUCAUUGCUGCUCUUCUUGCCCUUGUCCUAUUUGGGUUUUGGCAACAGCGUCAAGCACGUCACCCGCAGCACCCAUCGUCACCACUUGCUUCAGGGGGUGCGGCUCGAUUAGUUUGGCAAGAUUUACGAUAUGUGCUCGAACCCAAGGGCUCUUCCUCUGCACUUUACCAUCGUCUCCGGUCUACUGUUGGUCCCAAAAGUAGGUCUAAGUCUCAUCAUCUACGAAUGCCAUCGAUUGCCUCAACCGCGAAUCACCCUGUCCUAGAUGAGAAAGGCGGAGCCGUUAGGUCGCCUAGCUUCUCUAUCGAUACUCAAAUCCCGGUCCCAUCGUUAUCAACCCAUCAAGACUGUAAUCGUCACCAACAUAAGGUUAUCUUGCGUGGGCUCAGUGGAGCAGUAGAGCCAGGCACUAUGAUGGCCAUUUUGGGACCUUCUGGUGCCGGGAAAAGUACCUUCCUCGACAUCCUAGCUGGGCAAAGGAAAGCUGGUAGAGUGACCGGAUCUCAUAGCAUCAGUCUUCCAGGUAGCGAUGCAGCUUCAGAUGAUGGGUUCUCGAUUGGUUUUGUGGACCAAUCAGAUAUUCUACCAGCUACCGCCACAGUCCGUGAGGCACUGCUCUUUGCUGCCAAACUCAAGCUACCAGAGGAUAUUAGUGAUGAGAAGCGUGACUUGAGAGUAGCAGAGGUGAUCGACUCAUUAGGGUUAGCCCAUGUAGCUCACUCGAGAGUUGGUGAUGACGAAGUGCGCGGUUUAUCUGGCGGUGAACGUCGAAGGUUAUCAAUUGGCUUGGAAAUGAUCUCGUGUCCUUCAAUCCUCUUUUUGGACGAGCCAACUUCCGGGCUAGACUCAGUCUCAGCGUUACGGGUGGUCAAUGUCCUCAAAGCGCUUUCAAUCAAUGCUCCGGAAGGCUGUGGAACCACUAUUGUUUGCAGUAUUCAUCAACCUAGCUCCCAGAUAUACCAUUCUUUUGAUUAUAUUUGCCUGCUCGCCCUGGGUGGUCGCCAAAUUUAUUGCGGAAAGACAUUAGGGGCUGUAGAUUUUAUUGCUUCCCAUGGGCUUGAGUGCCCGCAGGGUUACAAUAUGGCUGAUUACCUCCUCGAAGUCGCUUCUGACCCACCCGCUAUGUUACUCGACCAAGCUAAUGCCACUAACAAAGCUUUAGAGAGCUACCCUGCUUCAAUUCAAUCGACACCCGUCAACUACCUUGAGAAGACUCGACCUCGAACCACUACCAUGACUCAAUUCCAAUGCCUUUCGAAGCGUGAAUGGACAAACUUGAAGCGUGAUCCUGGAUUAUUUUGGAUGCAUGCCAUCAUUGCAUUGGUGACAGGAAUAUUUGUGGGGGCAAUGUACUUUCAAGUAAAGCUGAGUAUCGCUGGAUUUCAGAAUCGUAUAGGAUCUUUAUUUUUCUUGGCAUCCGUUAUCGCUUUCAGCGCAUUAUCUGCUCUAAACAACUUUUUGACUGUGAGACUUUUAUUCAUGCGCGAGCGCGCAGGUCGAUUUUACAGCCCCGCCGCUUGGUUACUCUCACGACUCUUCUUUGACAUCAUCCCUCUUCGAGUCAUCCCUGCUCUCAUGAUGGGUAUCAUCAUGUAUUACAUGGUCGGACUGGACUCUUCAUCUGAACAUGUCCUAAAAUUUCUUUUAGUCGUCCUCCAAUUGAGCAUCGUUCAAACGCUUUUCAACUUAUUCCUAGCAGCAGUUUUUAAACAACAAGGUUUAGCGAUCUUGUUGGCUAGUUUGACAAACUUAUUACAGAUGGCUUUUGCUGGUUUCUUUGUCAAUCUUUCUUCACUCAUUCCGCUGCUUCGAUGGAUACAAUACCUUGCUCCUUUCAAAUUUGCUCUAGAGGCGAUGACAGUGAACGAGGUUGGGACUGGACUGAUGAUCAAGGAUACAAUUUCAGGUGUGAACAUACAAACUUCGGCAUCUAUGAUUAUGAAUUUGUUAUUCGGGUUUAAGCCUGAUGCGUAUUACCGUGAUGUCAUCGCCCUUUUUGGCUUUAUGGCUGCCCUGGUCCUCUUCUUAGUAAUUGCAGUGUACUAUAAAUUGCGUCAGACACGUUAAUCUGGAUGAUCCUAUGUAUGAAGGUAGCAAAAGAUACAUUCCUCGGACAUCACGGAUCUACUUAUUCACUUGCCGCAGCCUUUAGAAACCUUUGUUCUUGUAUACUCAUUCACUCCCUCCUCGUUUUAACAAGCUCCUUAAUUCUCUCAACGCACGCUUUGUAUUGUGACAACUUUAGGAUUUUGCUGAUUGUUUCAUCUGUGGCCUUGCAAUUUUGUUAUGCACAAUGCAUGAAAGUCAUUCUUAAGAUAGUAUUCCCAAGGACAACCAAGAUAAGAAGAAAAGACAUCAUGUGUCCCAUGAUCUUGAGGCCAGGGAAUUGGUGAGGUUCUUCAAUUGUCAUGUUUCUAAACACCUUGAAAGUUAUCAUUGCAAUUUAUCCAUUCUCUUGCCAGUCUUCUGCU